AUGGUUUCCAUUAUAGACCAGCAGCGAGAGAUCUUCCUGGGCACGUUACGGCAUAUCACCCGCGGCGACUGGAAAGUCCUAGUCCUUGACCACGACAGCAAGCGGUUGCUCGACAACGUCAUUGACCAAGAUGCGAUUCUAAACGAGAACAUUACGAACAUUGAGCAGAUCACCGAUCGCCGCCAGAUUAACCGCGAUGUCGACGCCAUAUACCUCCUCACUCCUCAGCCACACAUUGUGGACUGCGUUCUCGCGGAUUUGGAGAAGAGAAAGUACAGAAAGGCGCAUUUGGUGUGGACGAGCUUGUUACAUCCGAGCCUCAGAGACCGGAUAGACAAGUCUCCUGCUGUUCGCGACCAGAUUGCUCUCUUCAAGGUGCUGAACGCUGAGUUCUAUCCCAGAGAGAGCCAUCUGGUCACGUUCAGAGAUCCAUGGAGCUUCCCAGUGCUCUUCCAUCCUGCCUGCAACAAUCUGGUCAGGCAGCACAUGGAAGAUAUAGCUCAGAAGGUGGUUGGUGUAUGUGUUGCGCUUGGAGAGUACCCUACCAUUCGUUACUACCGACCCAAGGCCCCCAGCCACGAAGCCAGCAUCCUCUGCUCGCACCUCGCAAGAUUUGUGCAGGACGAGCUGGAUCUUUACGCCAAGUUCCACGAGGACUUCCCUCCUCAGACCACCAGACCGCGAGGCGCAUUGUACAUUGUCGAUCGAUCGAUAGACCUCUUUGCCCCGCUGCUUCACGAGUUCACCUACCAAGCAAUGGCGCACGAUCUUUUACCAAUCAAAGAAGGCGACAAGCUUUCGUACAAGACCGUCAUCAACGAUGGGCAACACGAUCAGGAAGAAAAAGACGUAGAGAUCACGGAGAAGGAUAAGAUCUGGGUGGAGAACAGGCACAGACACAUGAAGGACACGAUCGACAAACUCAUGGCAGAUUUCCAGAGGUUUAUCAAGGACAAUCCCAACUUCACUAAGACUGAAGACGCAACCAGCUUGAAUGCGAUCAAGGACAUGUUGGCAGGCCUCCCACAAUUUCAGGAGCUGAAGGAGGCCUAUGCGCUGCAUCUAAGCAUGGCACAGGAGAGUAUGAACAGAUUUCAAAAGUUCAAGCUGGCAGAUUUGGCAUCUGUGGAGCAGAUUCUCGCCACCGGACUGGACGAAGACUACAAGAAGCCCAAAGGCAUUGCGGAUCAAGUCAUUCGAAUGCUGGACGAAGAUGACAUUCAGCCUCCUGACCGGUUACGAUUGCUCAUGAUGUUCUUGCUUUACAAAGACGGCUUAAUACCUGCUGAUCUGCAGAAGCUCCUCGCUCACGCACAGUUACCCCCACAAGACUCGGAGAAGAUCCACAACCUCGAGCUUGUUGGUGCACGAACAUCCAGGAACUUGAAGGACUCAAGACCUGGGCCACUGCCUAUAUUCCCACAGAAACCGCCUCCAGCGACAACGAUGGAAGAGUAUGCAUUGAGUCGAUUUGAGCCUGCGCUGCAAAAUCUGCUCGAGGCGCAUGCGAGCAACACCCUUGACGCAACAGCAUUCCCGUACACCAAACCACCGUUGGACAUGGGCACAGAAAUGAGAAUGGAGUCAGCUACAUCACUACGCUCAGCCAAGCCUACCUGGGCUAAGACUCGCGCGAAUGUCAGCACCGAGAACCGGCAGCGGGUGGUUGUCUUCAUGGCGGGAGGUGCAACAUACUCUGAGGCAAGGGCUUGUUACAACGUUGGAAAGGCGACCAAUAGGGAGGUUUACCUGACGACAUCACACAUGUUGACACCAGGACUCUUCAUUCGGCAGGUGGGAGACUUAUCAACAGACAAGCGAAGGCUGAACAUUCCGAUGGAGAUGCCCAAACCACAGGCACCACGACAUCUGUUCGAGGCAGAUCCUCAACCAAGACCAGCGCAGCCGCCGCCUCAACCACAACAGAAGGUCGCUUCACCUGCACCGCCGACACACGCGAUGGGAGCCAUCAACCUGAACGGAAGCGCAAAUGGCCAGCCGCAGAGUACCACUGCAGGCAAAGCCAACAGCGGGGCGAAGCUCACAAAGGAUCCAGAGAAAAAGGAGAAGAAGAAGCACCAUUUUGGGUUUGGGAAGCAUAAGUCGUAA